UUAAUUUUAAUAUACUGAUUUUGUAAAAAAUUUUAUAUGAUCAUCUAUUUAGAUUUUAAUAUUGUCCCCACAACCAAAAGAACAAGAUAAAAAACUGAACUGGGAAGUUAACUCUUGUGUCAUAAGGUAGGAUUCCCUCAUUGGCUUUUCAAAAAUAAUGUCAUUUCAUUGUCUUUUUCCUGGUAUUGUUUAACUUUAGUUGGGAUCGUUGCAGAGUUACAUUCACACACGCACAAGCAGUAGGGUCACUGAAUAUUUAUAGUUCACUAGAUAUCAGCUAUCAAGUGGUGAAGUUGACUUCUUUUCGUAUGAAUAGAAAUUUAAUGCAACGUCAUGCUAUGGCAUAGAAGGUGGUGGCUUAAGCUUUUUCAGUGACAUCGCACUUCUACUUAUUGAUGAAGUCCAUCUGUUGAAUGAUCCACGUGGAGCAGCAUUGGAAGCGAUUGUUAGCAUAAUAAAGAUCGUUUCUUGCAAUCCAAAAAUGAAACUAAAUCAUCUUGAUCAGGUGCGCUUGGUUGCUGUGUCAGCCACAAUUCCAAAUAUUGAAGAUCUAGCUGAGUGGAUUAAGGUUCUUGAGGAAGGGUUUAAAAGGUAGGUUUUACCAUCACAUCCAUAAGGUAGUGUGUUGUAUAAUGUUGAAAGCCAAUACCCAGAGAAAAUACUAUUUUCUUUUGAAUAAUCACAGAUUUGGGGAAGAAAUGAGGCCAGUAAAGCUGACAACCAAAGUAUUUGGCUAUGCCCCAGCCAAUAAUGACUUUCUAUUUGAGAAGAUGUGUGGAAGGGCAAGGUGACCACCAUUUGAUGAUACAGGCUUGGUUAUAAUCAUGACAAGGAGGGAAAUGGUGAACCGAGCUACAUUCACAUGCAUUUUUUAUUGUCCUCCUUCUCUUAAUCCUUUGAGUGAUCACUUCUAUGUGUUAUUGUCCUAUAUAAUGCUUUUUUUCACUUUUACUCUCCCAAAAUUCAAUUUACUAUUUUUAUUUCAGGUUCAUUUGUAUGAGAAUCUCUUAAAUGGAUGUGAAGUAGUGGAAUCACAAUUGCUUCCAUGUGUGACAGAACAUUUACUUGUGGAAAUAGUUCAAUUGACAGUAACUGAUAUUACAAAAGCAAUUAAGUGGUUGCAAUGCUCAUACUUGUAUGUUAGAAUGAAAAAGAACCCUGAGAACUAUUCAAUUAAGAAAGGAAUUUCUGGUGAUCGUUUAGUGAAGCAUGUUCAAGAUAUUUGUGUUAAGAAAGUUAACGAGUUAUCUCAGCACCAAAUGGUAGAGAUUGAUGAAGAUGGUUUCCUCUUGAGCCCAUUAGAUCCUGGGAGGCUAAUGACAAAGUAUUAUUUGAGAUUUGAUACUAUGAAACAGAUAAUGAGGACACCUGAAAACUGUUGUCUAGAAGAUGCACUUCAUGUUAUUUGCUCUGCAGAAGAAAUUGCUUGUGCGGAUAUUCUCAUUAACUAUUUUAGUGUCUAAUGCAAAUAUAUUUCUUCAUUAAGUAUUGAUAUAGUGUUGUACCCAUAAAAUGAAGGGAUACAACUAAGACGCAAUGAGAAGAAGUUUUGUCAUUUGUUGCUGGAUAAUUUUAAAGCUGGGACUAUGUCCCAUAGUUUUAUCGUGAUUCUCCAUAGAGCUUUGAUUUCUUGUAUGAAUAGAGCUUUGUCUAGUCAUGUUUCAUUCAAAAGCAAGCUUAUUCUAAUGAAAACCGACAAGUUUGGGCUCUC